AUGACAGAUAGACAUAAAAAUAACGUUUGGAUCAGAGCGCUGUGCGCAGAGCGGCGCCCGAAUCCUGCUGACUCACCCGAGGCCGACGGCAGUGACCGACAGAAGGGGGAACCGCCGAGGGUUCCGCAGCCGCGCCCCGCCUGUGCCCGCCUAGUCCAGUCGGCAGUCAGCUUCGGUCACCAUUCCUCCUCUAGGCGGGAGGUGACUGGCCUGCAGGCGAGCUGCGAGCAUGCUCUGCGAUUGCGGAGAAAAGGGGAGCCCUGGGGGCCUCUGCAUCUCCUGACGGAAGUGUCAGUGGGGCCUCGCGGGCCUGACUCACACCCCCCGGCGCCCCCAGCCCCGGCACUCCCGGCGCCCCCAGCCCCAGCACCCUUAGUCCCUGAUGCUGAGGCAGUGGGGCUGGCUCCAGGACCUGCCCAGGGAACUCGGCGCCGCCGAGGGGCCACCUUGGACCCACCGGGUAUUUUUCCUCUCCGGUCUUAUGGAGUUCCCAUCCUUGGGGAAGAAGGGGACCCGCCUUUCCAACCUCUGCAAUACUGGCCCUUCUCCUCUGCUGAUUUGUAUAAUUGGAAAGCUAACCACCCGCCCUUUUCAGAGGAACCGCAGAAACUAACUGGUCUGGUAGAGUCCCUGAUGUUUUCCCACCAGCCCACCUGGGAUGACUGUCAGCAGCUUUUGCAGGUGCUCUUCACCACGGAAGAGAGAGAGAGGAUUCUCCUGGAGGCACGAAGGAAUGUGCCUGGAACCAACGGGCGACCUUCGCAACUCCCUCAUGACAUAGAGAGGGGGUUCCCGUUGACUAGACCCAACUGGGACUUUAAUUCUCCAGAAGAGUAGCCAACCGCUGUUUGCUUUUGAGUGGAAGGACCCCUCCACAGGAACUACUGGACAAUUGACCUGGACUCGCUUGCCACAAGGAUUCAAGAAUUCACCUACCCUCUUCGACGAGGCUUUACACCAGGACUUGGCCUUUUACCAAGCCUCCAACCCACAGGUAACCUUGUUACAAUAUGUUGAUGACUUGCUGAUAGCCGCCCCUACACAAGAAGUCUGCCAAGAGGCCACUGAAGCCCUUUUGACUGAAC